CGCGGGCCUCUUCAGCUCCCCCGGCAUGGCAGACAUCCGUGAGCUCAUAGAAGUGGACGACGUCAUGGAAGACGAGUCCCUGAGGUUUGGUCCCAACGGCGGCUUGGUGUUCUGCAUGGAGUACUUUGCCAAUAACUUUAACUGGCUGGAGGAGAGCCUUGGGCACGUGGAGGAUGACUAUGUGUUGUUUGACUGCCCAGGUCAGAUCGAGCUCUACACACAUCUGCCCGUGAUGAAACAGCUGGUGGAGCAGCUUCAGCAGUGGGAAUUCCGUGUCUGUGGAGUUUUUCUUGUGGAUUCUCAGUUUAUGGUGGAAUCUUUUAAGUUUAUCUCUGGAAUUCUGGCAGCACUCAGUGCAAUGAUAUCUUUAGAGAUUCCACAGAUUAAUAUCAUGACCAAAAUGGAUUUGCUGAGCAAGAAAGCCAAGAAGGAAAUAGAAAAGUACUUAGAUCCAGAUAUGUAUUCUAUGAUUGAAGACUCUACAAAUAUAUUGAAAAGCAAAAUGUUUAAAAAAUUGACUAAAUCUAUAUGUGGAUUGAUUGAUGACUAUGGUAUGGUUCGAUUUCUACCUUUUGAUCGCUCUGAUGAGGAAAGCAUAAACAUUGUUCUGCAGCACAUAGACUUUACCAUUCAGUAUGGAGAAGAUCUUGAAUUUAAAGAACCAAAGGCAUGCGGAGAAGAUAAAUCAUCUCCUCUUGUGGAUGAAUACUUUCAAGAUCAUGUGGAUGAGUAAAAAAUGGAUGUUCAAAAAUGGGAGGAAAAUACCUUGCUUGUGUUAGAAAAUAAAAAUGAAAAAAAAAUCCACCCCUACACAAACAUACUUGAUGUUUUAUCUGUAAGAUAACUAAUAUUUAUAAUGAAGAGUGAGGUAUAUGGCCUCUUAACUAUUUUAAUAAACAAUUUUCAUUCUUAUGCGUGUGUGUUAUCAAAUACAUAGGCUAGCGUUAGUACAUAUAAAAGUUCCCCACAUAGAUCUAUCUCAUUUAAGCACAGGAAUGCUUGAAAAAAAUCUCAUCAUCUGCAAAAGAGGCAAAGCUGAAUAUGAGUAUGUUGUAAUAAAUAUUAAUCUCCA